AUGUCCGAUAGCAUUUUUGGAGCGCCAGAUUCUCUGAUGGAGGAGGAUCCUUGGGCAUUGCCCACCACGCGAAAUUCUCAGACCUUACAGUCCUCGAUACUGGAGGAUAACAACUGGAGCUCGUACAAUUCCAACGAUAUCCUCACCAAUAACUUUGCUUCAAUGGGGAUAGAUAAACCGCACACGACAGCAGAGGAGCAUGAAACCCAGCCAAUUGCUCCUAUCACGGACCCGCUAGUCAACCAAGACGACCAGACCGGUGAAGACCCUCAGGAAGAAGACUUGAAGGAGGAAUCUGUGUGGUCAGAGGAACUCGUGGCAUCUUUCAAUCCUUUGGGAUACCACAACACGGAUGACAAAACCAUUAUUCGCGUGAAGGAGAUCCCAGAAAAGGAAGGACUGGUGUUUAAACACAUAAACUAUCUCAUUAGUCACAACCUCAAGUUCCCAAGCGAAUAUUACCAAGCAGACAACAAAGCCACCGGAUCAGAGACCAGAAUUAUUCGGAGAUAUAGUGAUUUUGCCUGGCUGAUUGAGGUUCUAUGGCAGAAAUACCCGUACAGAUUGAUCCCUGAGCUGCCGCCAAAGAAGCUGUAUUCCAUUUUCCUGCAAAAAAGAAGAAGAAGUCUUCAAAGGUUCCUAUACCAACUCAGCAAGCAUCCAAUUCUAUCCAAGGAGAGUCUGGUGAUUAUGUUCUUCACGGUCCCGAACGAUUUCUCCAAUUGGAAGAAGUUUGCUAAUAUUGAACUUACGGACGAGUACGAAAAUAUCAGAAUUACUCUUCCCAAAAGAUUCAAAAUCAAUCUUGAUCAAGUCCUCAAGGGUCUUCACGAGAAUGACCCGGAGAAUGACGAAGAAGUCGACCGAUCAGUUAAUAAUGACAGCAUCAUCAACAACAUUACUCAAAUCUGGAACGAGAGUCCAGUCGACCACAAAAAGCUUGAUUUUAUUGAGAACUUACAGACGAUCAACGCUAGUCUCACAAAGUUUGCAGACAUUUGGGCCAAGCUUUGUAUCUUAGUCGAACGGAUCGAAAAACGAGAGCUUGCAUUGUCGAUGGACCAUCAGCGAUUCUCACUGUAUCUUGGGCAGUUUGUGAACAACAGUGGAAAUCUAUACGGUGUCGAGAACUUGGUCGGGUCAGAAGAGCAACCAGAGGAUUCUCAAAACCUGUCAAUAAUCAACACCAUCUUGAAGCAGGUGAUCAAGUAUUUCACAAAUACCAAGCAACUGAAGGACGAUGAACUUUCGACUUUGAGUUCAGACACUUUGGAAAAUUUCCGCAAACUGCAGGAUUAUCUUGCCUCGCUCCACUUUUUGAUUGAACGACUUGGUAGCUUCAAAAGCACUUCCGAGAAACAGAUCCAUACCUUGCUGAACAGAAUCACCAAAACCAACGAGAGACUAUUUCAGAUCAAGAUAAAGUCGGAUAUCAGAGGUUCUGAAGUGGAUAAGCUUGUCACUGUGCUGACAGACUCCUCUGACUCGCUUAGCAGUCUUCUUUCCCGCAUCAUUCUUGUCAAGUCUGCGUUUCUGAACGAGUUCAAAUUAUUCCAGAAAACUAAAUAUUUGGUUUCGGAGACUUUCCAGGACUGGUUUGUGGAAAGGGUCAAGUACGGCGAGUUGCAGCAGGAUGCGCUUCAACGUGUGUUCAACGAUCUACAAGAUAUGCCAUUAAAGUAG